UUUUAACGUGAAUGGUGCCGUGAAAAAGAUCACCGGUUAGGUUUCCAGUGCAAAGUGAAAUUGAUAUGUUCUCGGAGAGGCGCCAAACUGUGUUGGGAUUCGGUUCUUUAAAGAUCCUCAUUUGACGGACCCAUCAAACGACGGCUCCAAGAUGUCUAAGAAAUACGAGACCUCCAUUUCCAAGCCUUAUCAAUCAACAACUUUUCCCCUGACUUAAUCGGAUUUACCCAAUACUCCAUAAGCUGCACUUCAGAAUUCCCCCGCAAAAUAUGGAAUUUUUCGGGGAAGUGGAUUUUCUGUCCAUAAUCGAGGAAGAACACGAAGACGACGAGAAAAGUUUGCAAGUUGAAGAGACGGAUGAUCAGGUUAGCGAAAAAUCCGAAGAGACACAGAGGAACGAGGAAAAGCGAUCAUCUAGGAUACCAGUGAGGCUUGGCAGGACCUCUGUGACGAAAAGGAUAUCGGACACGAAUGGGAAUGAAGUGUUUUCUUCAGGAAACACUGAAGAUUUCUCCUCUUCAGGAAGCGGUGGGUUGCCUCAGUUCCAAGUUGUUACUUCGAGUGAAAGAUGUGGAGAUUCUUCUGCUGUGAUUGAAGAUGAGGUUGAUUUUAUCGAAUAUAGUAUCGAAGGACAACAAGACAGAGAAGAUGGGACAAAGAAGAAUUUGUUGGUGCUUGAGGAAUUAACAGAUUUUGUUGGUCAAGAUGAUUUUUCAGUGGUUGAUGUCGAAACUUCGAGUGAGGUAUGCCAUAGAUCUUCAAAAAAUCACUUGGUUGGAGAUAAUAGUAACGGUACGAAUGAGGAAUCAGGGAAAAAUAAUGAUCGGCAUGAUCUAGUUGAUGAAGAUUGUACAGGGAAAGAUGUGGUGAUGUUAGAAGCUCAAAAACUCGAAUUUAUCUACGAAACAAAUGAUAGAUCCACUGGGUAUAGUAAUAAAGACUCCGAAACCUGUGAGACAGCAGAAGAAGAAGCUUCCCUCUCUGCAGAAGACCAGAAAAAGUUGUUGGACGACGAAAGUUUGUUAACAUCCAACGAUUACUACGAAAAAUCACAUCCAGACUUCAAUUUCCCAGCUGACGUAGCCAAAAGUGACGAUUCUGACGAAUUGGACCAUAAACCGGCCCCAAGACACGGGUUUUUAUCGCGAAACUCCUCAGAAAUCAGCGGAAACGAAGCAGGACCAGGCGCUGAAGACAUCGAUUUCCGCAGAACGGUCUCCGGUUUUUUGCUGGCGGAACUGGAGGUGAGCAGCGGUAAUUUCUACCUCGCUUCCUAUUCUCCGGAUCCUGCGGGAACACCGUUAACUUGUCAAGAAGCUGAUGAGCCCAUAUUAGAGGCCCCUGCGGAAUUCAGAACCGCUCCAGGUCGGUCGGAGUUGAGCGUCGAAGUGUCGGAUCAGGCACCACCACCGGCACCUCUUCUGGCACCGGAAGAGGAUCCACCUAACCGUGACCACCACAAUACCAACCCGACGGAAGCAGGCGAUACAACUGAACGAUCGGAACGGGCGGUGGAAAACCAGCUCGUCGACGAAGGGGCCCAAGAGAGUGCACGCGAGCACCAAGCCAGCGGUACCGCUAACGCCUCUGCUACGUUCGCUAACAGUACCGAAGACAAUGACCAUGUAGAGUUGGAAGGUGACAAUCGAAACGUGAGUGCAUUCGAGCACGUGGGCAAAGACGCGCCCAUACAAAGACAUGACAUGCCGCAAAUUGAUCGCAGAGAGACUGCGGUACCAUUCCGGAGUACCUCAGAGCCGUGUCUGACUCAAUGUCAAAUUGAUCGUGGGUGCGGUGGUUCGGACGAUGUUUUGAAAGUCGAAACGUAUGACAGUAGACGCCGAAACUGUGCGGGUGAUCUGUGUGGUGAUAGCGUCGAAAAUGAUAGUUCUUUUGUACCUGACGGUUGGAUUUUAGAGUGCGAAGCUGGUAGUUUGAAAAUUCCGGAUUUGUUGUAUGGUAUCAGUGAUAGCGGUAGCAGUGAAGACUCGUCGAUGAGUUCUGUCAGGAAUUUUUCGAUCGAGGAGUUCUUGGAUGAUGUACCUGAGAUGUUUAGUGACAGAUAUAAGUUUAAAUUUUCCGCCGUGUUGGGGGAUAGUUUGGGAGGGGGAGAGAAGGUUGUGGGUGUGCAGGAUAACAACAACAACUUCUCAAGGGUGAACGGACUGCUCGAUGCAAAAUGCAGCGUAGGAGAAAGCCUACCCACCGCCAGCCUCGACCUUGCAGUCUCCACGGCACCAUCGUCUUCCGCCUCUGAAGGCCCUCGUCCACGUGCUCCAUCCGAUGCGCACCUCUGCGAAUCUCGCCAGCCAAAGGCCCCGUCAUCGAUCGGGAGCGAAGCCCGCUUUCCUGCACCGGCGCCGGGACGCAGUCCGACGAAGACGGCCGCACCAAAUGGCUGCGUCGUGUCGAGGCAGACCAUCCAUCCAGGUUGCACCAGCUCAGCACCAGAGGACCGCGAACCCGUCGACGUAGACGGCCACGGGCCCAAACAACCCGCCGCACACGACCACCAGAACCACCGCGAGUCCAAGAGCCUCCGUUGGAGCUUCAAGAACGGGAGGUUAGUUUUCGACAGUGAAAGUGACGCGGACGAAAACAAAGCAGCAUCAGCUCAGGAUCGGGACUCUCUGGAGUCGGGCGAGUUGAGGUUGAGCAGCAAGGAGAUAAACAGGCGGAUCGACGAGAACAAGUCGAGGUUGAGGUAUUUGGAGGAGAAGCUGAAGAAGGCUGGUAUCAGUGAUCAGACGAAAAGAGAUAAGGAGGAUAGUACGCGAGCAGAUGUUGCAGAACAGGUGGUCGAGACUUCUGAAUUAAAAACAGAAGGAGAACCAGCAGAUAAGGACGGCGAUAGCCGUAUCGAUAUUUUGGAAGUUAAUGGGAAUGAUGUUGCUGAUUACGGAGAGGACUACGCUGAAGGACUGACGAGUUUUACAGGUGGUGAGGAAUUCUGCCAGUUCGACGUCAAUCAGCUUGGAUCUUUCCCAGCAGUCUUGAAUGGGUACUGUUUGGUGUACGACGAACUCAACCAAGCGACCGACAGCGAGGAAGAAUUCCACGUGAUAUCCUUCGAGGAAGACGCGGACCUAGACCACCAAUUUUACCUAAUUUCGAACAAAACCACAGCCAAUAUGGGCACGGACAGUGACAGGCCAAAACACAAUCCGGACACGGAGAACCUGAAGUCCUUAUUGAAGAGGCCGGGCAGGAAGAGAGACAAGAAGAGCAACAGGGUGGUGUUCAACGAGAACAAGAACGAAUUUUUCGACGCCGACUACAUUAUUCUGAUUCGCGAAGAAUGUGACUAUGACGACGAGGACGAUGAUAGCGUGUGUACGUGCAACCAGCACGAAAUGGUACGGUUGACGUGUUGCGAACCGAACUGCAACUGUAGCGUGUAUGAGGGUUUUGACCCUACGCCCCAAAGCCCGAAAUUCGCGCCGCCACUGGAGUUCGUGGACGCUGUUACCCUGAGCCCGCCGGAAGGGUACAAGGAUAUGGAGCUGGAGGAACAGGAGCUGUUCGCCUUGCAGCAGAUGGCGAGGAGGGGGCAGCAAAGGCAUGCUGUCUGUAGGGAAUGUAGUGCCACACAUGAUGACAACGAUGAAGAAGGUGAUAGUUCUCCAUCGGAUGAAGGGGGUGGUCCACACUCGGAUCCAGAAGAAUCAGGGGAGAGGGAGAAGACUGAUCAGAGCCAACAAACCACUCCAACCACUCCUGAAAAUUGUACAGAUGAUUCAAAUCUUCACGAAUUCAACUUAGAUCGCUCCUCGAUGACCGGUACGGAACGAUCGCAUCCUUCCGAAGAUGAGAGAAGGGAGGACAGACCGACGCCUUCGGUACGCUUGAACGUCCCUGUGGGGGGUUCGCCCAUAAGCGGCAUCCUCAAAGGAGGGAAGCUGUGGAAACAGCCCAGUUUGGAGGGAACAACGAGCGGCGGACCCUCUAAUAAAACGCCGGAGCUUCAACAAAACACCGACUCGAGUGCCACAUCGGACGAGGAAGGCAGCCAGAGGAGAUUCGUGCGGUUCAUAGAAACCGAGUCCAACGGACAAAGAGACGGAUGCGACGGAGCCUCCGACGAUCACACGCAAGACGAGACGAACAAGGAACAAUCGGCGUCGGAAAAUGAGAGGACAAAGCAGGAAAACUGUCACAAUAACGUGUCACCGGACACCACGGAGAUGAUGCUCACCUUCAAGCUCGGCAAUCACGUUCUCAUAUCGAACAACAGCCUGAAGCCGAACUCUGCCGUCAGACAGCUCUUCCCCUGCACCAAACCGAAUGCUGGAAAAGACGAGGAAUCCAUUCAGCAGUACCUGGUCACCGCCGAAUCCCUGCGAGCUUUCGAGGAAGCGAAGAGAUCGAAGUUGCCGCAGAUCAUCCAGAGCGGCGAAACCGAUGAAUCGAUCAAGAAAGCGAUAGAGAGAAACACCCUCAGGAGAUCGCUGAUCAGGUACGAACCGAGGAGUCGGAAAAACCAGCCGAAGACCGACAAUUCCCUGGUGGAGAGGAUAAAAAAGUUGACCUGCGACGUGGACGACGUGCAGGCCGAGCAGGAGGACAGUGAAAGUCAAACGAGGGCGAGUCCGCCCGGCGAGGAGGCCAGGAACUCUCCGGAAAUAAUGGACACACGAAAAAAAUCACUGACUGCUCGAACUUCAAAGAUAACAGAAAAAAAUUCUCGUCGCCAGGUGACAUCACUAAAACAGGUGGACAAAUCCUUCUCGCCGUCUUCGUCUUCCACGACCAGCUCCAACGCCUCCUCCGUAUCCUCCACGUACAAGAAGAUCACCGAUUUGUUCUCCAAGAAGACGGAAAAACCUCUGGACAACCAGAACAACGUGGUGGGCAACGUCGUGCAGGAAGGAAGAAUCGCCCAAACGCUUCCGGAUCUCGGAAACGGACCACACGAGAUGGAGCACCCUCACCUGCCAGCCUCCAGGAUCAAUUCUUCCACCAACGACUCUAGGAAACAGUUCUUGGCCUCUUUGGCGCCGUUGACAGCUUGCGUCAGCGGUAUCACGAACAUAGACGACUAUUACUACCAGAUGAACAACCACCAUCCGAACCACGGAGGUGAAAGGGCGUCCAUGGCCAGUUCCGUGGGCACGGAGUAUAGUCUGGAGGACAUAGAUGAGGCUUUGAGGAACGAGCAAGAGGAUAUCAAGAGGAUAACACCGGAUGUUUUAGCGGGUACGCCAUCAGCUUCGGAGUCUGGGGACGAGUUGGCUAUGUUCGUACAGCAGGAUGCCGGAAGGAUUGAGAGACUCAAGAAAAGGUAUCAACCGGAAGCCAACAAAGAAGAAGACGACGAGCACGACGAUUACGGUUUCAACAAAAGACCCAGCGUCAGGGGCAUCAAACCGCGAUUUGGCACCACCACCCAGAUCAUCCAGGAGAUCCAGAACCAGAUGCAGCCUCCCGAAGCAACCGGCAGAAUCUCCUGGCCCUACUACUCAGAGAGCGGACUGUCCAACGUCGACAACUCGAAAUCUAAGAACCAGAACCAGAAUAUACCGCACCAGUAUCCAACGACCGCACCUGAAGAAUUCAAAACGAGGGGUUAUCCGCCCCCCUACAGACCCACAAGUUUGGCGGAGGAAAACUUGUACCAAACGGGGCAGUACUGCAGGCAGGUCUACAGGACCAACGGCAACUCGAACGCCUAUCCGGCUGUCAUGAAGGUCGGAGCUAGGUGUAACGAAAUGUAUCAAAGUCUCCCUAGGCAGAAGAGUAACGGAAGACCCUUAUCACCUCCACCAUCUGAAGUAUCCAGGACUUACCACCAAACUAUGGUUUACAUCCCGUACAACCACAUCGAAGGCUGCCAAGGCGGAGUUUCCUCCAACGUUUACUACCAACACAGCGACUACGCCAGAGUCUCCAAUCAAAACCAGAUAAACAAGAGGUUCAUAGACCCCAUAUACCAGCAAAGGUUCCACAUGCACGUGGAGGACCAUCACUACCACUACAACUCCAGCGUUAUGACCUCUAAUCCUCCGAAACAGAUGGUGAGGAUACCUUACACCCCCCAGCCUCACGGCGCGAAUGCAAGGAGUGAAUCUCCCCUCCCUGGUCAGUUCUCCACAGCUGCACGAGCCACCCAAACUCCUGUACCCAACUGUAACUACUAUUCGAAUCCCAGGUACAGGCCUGCGUGGCAAGGGGAUCCGACCUACGUGAGCAAAAUGAACAGGCACAGCUUCCCAUUAGGACCAAGGUACAGCACGUCCGAUACGUCGACAGAUACAGACAGCUGCCAGGGUAUGCCGCCCGUUCAGAACGGUUACAGACAGUCGGUGGAGAUCUCUUUCCCUUCCCAGAAAGAUGCCCUUGGGAGCUCGCCGACCAAACCAAAAUUUACCGAGAGGGGGGUCCCAGAGGGUGCUGCUAGUGUGUCACCGCCAGAUACCAUCAAAUUGGGGCAGAGUAACAGUAGCACCAUGACUUCACCUACAUCUCCGCAGAACGUCACGAUGCAAAAACCGAUGUUCUAUGCCAUGAACGUCUGACCAAACGAAUAGGUUCACAUCAAGAUUUCUUUUCGUUUGGGAACCGAGGAAGAUGUUUAAGGUAACAAUUCUUUUCCUUUAUAUGACAUAUAAGGGGUUAUCUCAAUUUCUUGGGAUGUUUCCAUUUCUCGCGAUGUAUAUGGACUUCCAGACCUUUGUCAGGUAAAGGGAGUGUCGUGAAGAUUCUAUUUUUGGAACCUUAUUCACUGAGAGCAAUUCUUUGCAGAAAUUUCCUUCGUUGUGUUGAUGGGUAAAAUUUUCAGAUGGGGAGAUUUAAAUCUGAGGAGGAUUUUUGUGAAAUAGUUGAACCGUGUAAAAAUUACAAAGUUAAAAAUGAAAAAAAUAUAAAAACGUUAAAAAUGUAGGUUAUAAUAACCAACAGGCAGAACAAUUAUAGAUUAGUUUGAAGGCUUCGAUGGAACUGGAAGAAAUAUCUUCCACAUAUCAGCACCUCGAAAGAGCGAUUACCUUUCAAAGUCUUUUUCUGAAAUUCAGAAAAAAUUAUCCAUUUAACUUUCAUCACGAAAUUUUUCCAUAAUUUUCAUCAUUUCUAACGCGACUGAAAAAAGAGGCAUCGUGAUACUUCUAAAACCCCAAUUUCUUCCAGUUUUAUCGAAACUUCGACGAACCUCCUAGUCGGGGGGGAUAAUUAGAGGGCAGUACAUGUUUUUAAUCGUUAAAAUAAUGUAGUCAUUGUUGCCAAAAUAUGAGAUUCCAAUAUUACCAAAGUAUUAAUUAGCUAGAUAAGUGUUGACCAAAAAAAGAUCAAAUCAAUAUUUUCAAGUUAUGAAUCUGAUAGUAUUGUUUGUAUAUUGUGUUGCUGUACAAGGUAUUUCUUAUUGUGAUUCGACUGUCGUUGAGACAAAUCUAGCUUUAAAAUAAUGAUUAGAAUCGAGUUGGUAAGGGGGGGUGUUGUAUAUGUUUUCUCACAUCGAUUUCACGGAAUUGAAAUGUGUUCAUAAUACUUAAUUAUUAUUCUCUCGAGCUGGAUUUAAGUUUCCUUGUUGUAUUUGUUCCUGAAUUUUUAUAUUCAGAGAUCUUCGGUUUCCCGAGAAUGUAUAUCUACCUGUGCCAAUUCGAUUGAUAGUAACUCAUUGACAUAGUUGUAGAAAAAUAUGAUAUUUAUUUAUUUGAAUGAGAUAGAUCGGUCUAAUAUAAUUUUCGUGUAGAUAACGUUUGUAUAAAGUAUAUAUUCACUAUCGAUGUUGCUCAGAUCCUAAUUGUAACGUACUGGAAAUGAAGAUUCGGAAUUGGUUUUGUAUUAUAUUGUACUUAAAUUAUUUUGUUAAUGUUUUUACAAUUUAUUAUUUGGUGAUAUUUUAUACCAGUUAGAUAAUUCAGUGGAAAAUAAACCUCUGUGAAAAUAUUUCCGAGAAUGUACUAUUAAAGAAUAUUAAACUGAUUGUAUAAUA